CCCAACUUGUAUCAUGCCUGCUUAUUCUUUCUCAGCUCUUCCGUUUCUCCCAUGCCGAUGUUGGCACUGCAGCCCAAUAAACCCCACCAUAUCUACCGACGGCGUGCUAUGGUGAUGAUCAAACUCAGUUUCCAUCGAGCAAUUUGUUCGCAGCAGCAGGAGAUGGGAUAUGGGACAAUGGAGCAUCGUGCGGGAGACAAUACCUGGUACGAUGCAUCAGUACGUCACAGCCCGGGAGUUGUACCCCCGACCAGACGAUCCAGGUCAAGAUUGUAUAUCACGCUCCUACUGCACAGUCUCGGCCUUCAACUCCAUCCGCCACCAUUGUCCUGUCCGAGACAGCUUUUGGUGGGAUUACCAACAUAGCUAUUGACUCCGUCAACAUAGAAUUCCAACUGUAAUCUCUCUUCAUCUUACUCAUUAAUUGAUUCCUCCCGUAGAAGGUUUGAGUUGUUUGCUUCUCCAUUUGCAGAGUUUGAGGGUAUGGAAGGGUCUAAGUCUCUUACAUGGCUCCCUGCGUUCAAGAAGAAA